AUGAACUGUGCGUGCCCAAAAGUUCUUGACAUCGGCCCCGUCUGGAAAGUCAAAGCUGGCUACCAUGUAGGUAAGGACUUUGGUCAGCCGGAUAGUCCACGCGUCUAUCUCCUCGUGACCAAGGGUCUCGAACCAGGCCACACGUCUGAGAAUGUCGGUCCAGAACACUAUAGCGGCUACGUCUCGGUCGUGUGGCGUCGUGGUGGUGAAAGUGGGCAAAAGGGUGUCGGCGAUAUUAGGGUCCACGAGGCGCUCCUUCACCAUGGCCGCCAGCCGUUGGGCAACAGCCCCAACGUCUACGGCCCUGAGGCCCCUGACUGA